AACGCAGACAAGAUUUUUCAAACCAUUCUUCAAAGAUAAGAAAAUGAAUCACCUACUAACCAUACUUUGUGCCUGUUUGAUAGCUACCACCUUUGGGGCCAAAUUACCUUCUGGUUUUAAAAAAUGUAAUGUAAAGCAAAUCUCUUCACAUAUGUGUUUGCCGAAAGCUAUCGAAAGUGCAAUAAGGCAGAUGGAUCAUCCUGUAAAAAAACUGGGCUUAUUGAGCCUAGAACCCUUGGUAAUCCCAUCCAUGAUUAUAGAAGCAGGUUCUCAAUUCGUGGCUACCAAACAAAUUUUUAAAAAUCUGAAACUGUCGAGUUUUAAUGAAACGUUUUGUCCCAAAGCCGAGUUUAACUAUGACGAAAAAAUAUUAAAUCUGGAGUGCGUCGUGCCAAAUUUCCGAAUGGAUUUCAAUUAUGAGCUACGUGGGCAAAUCAUGAUGGUAUCUGUUUUUGGAAACGGGACGGGAUGGAUUAUUUUCCGCGACAAUCAACUUGGACUUACUUUUGAACUUGGGGAAUAUGAAAAGAACGGUAAAGCAUAUUUUAAUAUUCUUUCUCAAGAACUUAAAAUGCAACCCAGGGAUAUUGAUUUUGAGCUUCAAAAUAUGUUUGAUGGUGAUGAGGAAUCGGCUCGGCGUAUGCGAAAGAUAAUGAAAGAAAAUGUCCUGGAAUUAUAUACUGAUGUUAAAGAUGGUUAUGAGGAAGCUUUCGGAAAAGUAUUUGCUUACAUAUUUGAAAAGAUUUUGGAAAAGGUACCUGUUUUUGAUAUCUUCGGCUAAAGAUCGAUUACAAUUACGAAAAGUAACAACUACAUUUUUAAAUUAGUGGUAUAAUAUAAAAUUGAACAAUAAAAGUCUG